GCGCGCGCCACGGCCACGGGCGUCGGCGACGGUGACGAGAUCGUUCCGUCUGUUUCCGUCGGACAGUUCACGCGUUUAAUUUAAGAUAAAUUUUCGAGAGAUAUGACGGACUCCGCUAGUGAGGACUCAGUGACAAAACUGAACACGCAGUUGAACAAGUCGAUGGUGUUGAUGGAGGACGCCGUAGAUACUACGUCACCUCCGAACCACAAACGCAAAUCUAUCACAAUAAACACGGAGGCGCAGUCUAGGACGCCUAGCAGUCCCAUUAAAUCGCGCAAAAGUAUUCUGAAGAGGUCUACCAAGUCCGGCGAUAACGUGACGAGUGACGAAGUCGCGCGGUUCAACGGCGAUGUUAAAAAAUCGAGCGAGGCGAUGCUCGGAUUGUCACAGCCUGCCUCAGUUUUGUCCAGACCGCGCACCCUUGAAGACAUAGUUCAAAAAGAGACGCUAGAAGAGGAAAAUAUAUCUUCUACAUUUAGCUUGGAGGAUGUUUCGGACAGCGAAGAGUUCUGGAUAAUGGACAUUCCUCGAUUAAUAAAUCCACAGGAGCUUCGUGAUCAGACUAUAGCCUUCAAGGAUAAGUCAAAGUUCAGAAUUAAAGACGAACGGUACUGUAUAGUCGCGCACAAUACGAAUCACAACGUCACAUGUGUUUUCAACUCUAAGAAGGACACCCCACAUUAUAAGACUGUAAAUAUCAAGCCAGCUGGUGUCUUAACGGUAAGGAGGAAAUUGUCUGGAGCGCCGGAAGUAAAGCCGAUAUCUGUAGAAAACUGCGGCGUGCAAUUUCCUGAUAAUUUAAAAACAAGGCAUCCACUGUUUGGCGUUGUUCACGAACGGAGAUCGAAGAAACAUGGCUCGCUCAAACCAUACUAGGAAUUAUGAAUAUAACUCGAAUAUAAUUUGAUUUUAAUUUUUUAACUCGAAUAACUUUGUAAAAAAGAACCAAGAAUUUGGUACGAAAAUUUUCUAAGAGAAUCUGUAAAAAGUUUCACCUUCUCUCGCACUAUAAAUUUAAUGAUAAUAUACAUUUUUAAUAAUAAAUAUGCAAUAAAAGGGAUUAUAUUACGCUCG